UAACCUGCAUUAUUUUAUGUACUUACUUAUUUCUUCCUCUUUUUUCAAUAUGUUGUGUUGUCAGGGUGUUAGUAUUGCAGAAUAUAGUUUCCUGUAAUGCAGUGUAUUGCUGAUAUUAGCAGAUGUAAAACCUUGACUGGUGUUUUCACUGGACUCACUCAGAGAAGUGGUCGUGAAUCCACUCUGCUGCUGUCUGGUUGUUGUCGGCUGAGCUACAGUGAUGGAGGAAGUACUCUGACCUUUUACUGAAGUAACCACAGUGUGGAAGUACACUGUUAUAAGCAAAAGUCCUGCUUUCAAGAUCUAAGUACAAAAGUAUUAACUUCAAAAUAUACUUUAAGAGCCAAAAGAAAAAGUACUUAUGCAGAGAGAUUAAUUUUAGAAUAAUAUAUAUUAUAUCAGAAAUUAUAAUUAUUGAUGCAUUAAUAUGUUCAUCACUUUAUUGUUGCAGCUGGUUAAAGUGGGCCUAAUUCAGCUGGGUAGCUUGUCAGUUUCACUGAAGGAUCAAUAAAGCCUUUAUACAUAAUAAUGCAUCAAUGUGUUUAUUUAUUAGGUCUACAUUUUCUAUAUUAAUCUGAAUCUGCAAAGUUGUCAACUAAAUGUAGGCUAGCUAGUUAAGUGAAAAGUACCAAAAUCUUCUCUGAAAUGUUGAGUAGAGGUAUAAAGUGGUACAAAAUGGAAAUAGGCCUAUUAAAAGACAAGUACCUCAGUAUUGUACUUGAGUCCAGUGGCCUACAGUAACUCUCCACCACUGGAGCUCUGCUGCUAAAUGCAGAGCUCUUUGAAACAUUUAGAUUUUUAGCCUGCUUCUGUUCUGCUCUGUUCUGAUGUGUGGCAAAGGGGUGUGGUCAGAUGUGUAACGACAGCUACUUAGAGAAAUCUUAGCUCAGGCUGCUUGUAGCAGUUUCUCUUCAAUGUGACGCAGUGAAACUAAUGUAACAGUAGCCUAUACUGAGGAGUAGAGACAUGGAAAGGAAGGAACUUGAGGAGGCCUUGUGCUGCUACACUGCAGAUACCCUCACCUACAUCGACACAGUGAGAGGAUUCUGUGAGAGGAACCCGAAAUGGAUGCUGGGGAGGGAGACAGAGUUGCACAUGAUGAUGGAUAUCAAAGACAGAGCUGAUCAGAUCGACCUAAGCAUUGGCCAUGUUAAGCAGUCACAGAACAGAGGUAAGGCUAUGUUGGAAUAUAUGAAGAGCAAGGUAACCCAGGUGACUGCAGACAGCAGGCGUGCAAAGCUGGAGACAGAGCUGGCUGAAGUACUUAAGGCCACUCUGGGAGGUCUGGAGGAGCUCAACUGCUUCCUGGAUGCAGUGGAGAAACUGGCGGCCACCUCACUUCAUGUGUUCAUGGAGGAGAACCAGGUGCUACAUCUGCCAGAAGGGAUCAGCCCUGAACAUGUUCAGGUUGUCAUCAUUGCUGCACGGCUAAUCUGCCCUCUCCUCCUCGAGUUUAAAAGAGAUGCAAGUGUCUUCUUCCUUCCCAAACUGCAGAAUGUGGAAGUGCUGUCAUAUCAGCUGGACAGAUACAUUCAGACCACCAAGACAAUCUGUGAGAAGUUAGAGAAAAGCUCCCUCUGUGAGUUUUUCCUGAAGAACACAGACACCCUGGUAGACCUCAAUGGGGAUUUGUCUGAAGAGGACAUACAAAGGAUGCUUGAUCACAUUAAUCAGCUUAAUGAAAUCAGGAUGAACCAGAACUUCCGGAUGGUGUUCUUGUUUCAGGAUGAGCCAUGUUCUGGCUUCAUUGAUGAGUUCAACGAGCGACAGCCCAGAAUGCUACAGUUUCUUAAAGACCUGGAGGAGAAUGCUGUUCAGCUGGACAGAAUGAAUAAGGGGGCAAAGAUCUCCAGUGUGGUAGGCAGCUCAGUGGGGGCAGUUGGAGGUGUGCUUUCCAUCAUUGGUUUGGCAUUAAUUCCUGUAACAGCUGGAGUGUCUCUAAAUCUGACAAUGACGGGGGUAGGGCUGGGAAUAACCAGUGGAGUCAACAGUGCUGUAACCACUGCUGCAGAGAUUGGAGUUAACAGCAAACAUCAAAAGAAAGCCAGUGAAGUUUUCCAGAGGUUCAUGGAGGAUGUGCAGAGUCUCCAGGGUUGUCUAGAGGUCACCCAAAGCCAAACAAGCCAGAUAGAUGUGGUUCUGGGAGUUGGCAAGAUGCUUUGUAAAGCUGGUGCUAUUGGAAAAGGUAUUGAUUCACUUGUUGAUGCUGCCUCAGCCCUUAAGCUGUUAAAAAGUGAAGAGCUGGUGACAAGUGCUGGCAGAGUGGCAGUGCAGGAAGGAAAAGCAUUACGUAAUGUGCCCAGGGUGGCAGCAGAUCUCCCAGAUAUUGGACAGGCAGCUGUCAAAGGGCCUCUUGCCCUCUCCAAGUCAGCCAGGGCUGGUCUCAUUGGGCUCAAUGCUCUCUUUGUUGGCAUGGAUAUCUUCUUUAUCUGUAAAGACAGUAUCAGUCUGGCCAAAGGCAGUGAGACCGAAGUCUCACAGUUCAUCAGAGCCAGAGCUGCUCUUUGGAGCUCAGAGUUGGACUCAUGGCAGAAGAUUCAUGACUCACUGAGCAAAGGUCUGCAGACAUCAGAGAAAAACAAAGCUAUCCUGGAGACGCCAUUUUAUCCAGAGCAGGAGAUGAAGAAACAAAGAGAAACAGAAACAGAAGUUCCAUCUGUUGAAGUGGAUGAAAAUCAAAAAAUUGAAGAGAAAAAAAAUUCUGUAAUACAGUAG